ACCUUUGGCGAUCUGUCUAUUAAUCUGUGAUAAUAUUAUAAUUAUAAUAUUCAGUUGACACAUUACCACAGUUCACAGUAUACUGUGACAUUACCGUUAACUUUAAAAGAAAGAAGAAUAUUUUUUAGACAUGGAAACUUUCAAGAAGAUUGAUUGGAAUCCUGCAUUAGAAGACAUAAUAGAUGAUGUAUUCAUCCCAGAUGAGAGAAUGGAACGUGAGAGUGCAAUGUACAGGAUUAUGAGAGAUGAUUUUACGGAUCCAUUCCAAGAUAUGGAUGAAGAUUAUGCUAAUGUUAAUAUAGAAUUGAUAAAAGAAUUACUUGCUGAUGAUCCUCUUACCGAUUCAGAGGAAGAAGAAGAAGAGGAACAAAAUAUCAAUGACAAAAGGAAGAACAAACAGGAUGAUGAGAUCAAUUGCAAAGAAGAAAAAAGGCCGUAUGUGCCUGGCAUAAGAAAAUCAAAAUUUCAUUUUCCUAAAAGAUCUUGUUUGACUAAGAUUCAGUACAAUAUGUGUCUUCGCGUUUUAUCAACAUUAGUCAGCAAUAAACAGAAGGGAUUAAGCAAAGAACAAUUAGAGCUGGAGACUUACCUAACAUUAAAAGAUAAAAUACUUGAAGAACAGAAAGAAUUUUUAAACUUUACCAAAAGUAAAUGGAAUGAAACUUUUGAUUGGCCACUUAAAUGUAACCAAUUCAUAAUAUCUAAAUGGAAGGCAAAGAUGAGGAAGUUUAAGCAUUUACCUAGAUAUUAUUUAGAAUCUAAAAUUAUAUCACUUUCCAUUCAGAAAAUUAAUUCCAUAUUAACCAAAAGCAUUGAAAUAAAAUUUAAAUCUUGCUUGCAUGAGGGAUCCUUUUCAAAGGUGAUGUGGCCAACGUUUAAUCGGCCGAAUAUAUUAAAUAUGAAUUCUGCAAUAUUGCUUAACAAAUAUCAAUGCGUCACACCUAACAAAGUGACGCAACAUUUCAGAUUGCCUGUGAGCGACGAUACGUAUUGCGAGAAUCUUGCAAUAGAAAGCAAAGCGGAUUUUGUUAUCUCAUCUAGCGGUCUUAAAUGUUUGCUGAACAAUGACUCGUGUAACUCAAAUUCGUGGAUCAUGCCAGUGGUAAUAAAAUCGCAUAAUGGAAAAAAUGUUGUCUACAUCGAUAAAAGAAUGCCACCUAGCAUCGCCACAAAACCCCAAAAGAACACUUGGGUGUAUAAGUAUAUUCUUAGACAUCAUUUUAUUGAUGGUAAUAAUGAUAAAAUGUCUAAAGAAAAAAUGCGACACACACACGAGAAUAAAACUUCAGUCAAGUCCAAUUUAAACAAUGUAGAAUCAGAAUGUAGUGCUGAAUUUAAUGAUUAUCUUAAAAUCUAUGAAGAAGAUUUGUAUCUCACAGAUCCGGACGAAUCGGAAAGUUUGGAUGAUUUAGCAAAUGGCGACAGGACACAUAAUGAGUUAAAUGUAACUUACAAACUUUUCACACUUGAGCCAAUAGAAUGUUCGAAUCGUGAACUAAAGAAACAUGACAUUAAAAAAUAUCAGAUGUUGGUUCGUUCAAAAACGGAUGGCAUCGAGGUGUUGCCAGACGGAACAUCACAAUAUGUAAUGUUAGCACCAAAGAUGGAACAUCAGCUAGAAUUUGGAGCCGAAGCCGUAACAAUUGAGGAAGUGUCACAUCAGUGGACAUCAUUAAUAUGUAGACCAGAUACUUUGUUAGCUAGAGUUAGGAUAGCAGCAGACACUUCAGAAGUAAUACAAAUAGAAAAACAUACUACAGCAUCGUUAAGCAACGAAAUGAGAAGACUUUAUGAUAUUAAAAUAGAAGAUUCUUUAAGCAUUCUGCAUAAUAUAAUCGAAGGAUUAUCAUCCUUAUCUCCUGGUCAAUAUAUUAUGCAGCGUAUCCCACAGAGAGGCCCAUUUGCAUAUGUUUAUAAAGAAGUUAAAGAAUUUGGAAAAAAUGUUAUCGACUUACAUACGAUUUGUCAAUCUGAAAAGUUUCGAACUGUACCUAAAAUAUCGUGGCCACUCAUUGAUACUAUGUUAACAACACCAGCAAUGAGGCACCUUAAGAAAAUGCCUGCAAUGUUUAAUGUAAUCCAUCAACCCUUAUUUAAUCGACCUAAAGGACGUCCGAAAAAUGCUCUUCGAAGAAGUCUUCGACUAAAUAAAGAAACGAAUGACAAGUAAAAAAUAAAAUAUAACGAAAUUUUAGAAAUUUUCGUUUUGGGAAGUUUCUUUAAAUAGCUCUUGUUUGUUUUAUAUGUUUAUAAUCUCUUUUUCUUCAAUUUUGCAUUGCUCUAUUUGCGAUCAUGAAAUGAAAAUCGCAUAAAUCUUUGGCAUAUAUACAUUGAUGUACGAUGAUGUGGAAGGGGAAGAGUAAAACGAAGAACAUUUAAUUCCAUGUGCAAUUGAUUUAGUACAAAGUAUAGCUAUAAUUUUGUCAAUAUAAAAGUAUAAUAGAAAAUCAAAGGAUAAAGAAAUUUUUUUUAGUCUCCACUGUUAUUUUAAUAGCACAUGUAGAAAAAGUUUGUUUUUGU